AUGGAACUGGAAGCUGAACGAAUUUCGCCAACAUUAACAUCGCGUUAUAUGAAUAACUACAUAACAAAUCCAACGACAGAUAUCUAUCAUCAAACUUAUGGACAUUCUCCACGUCAAAAUGUUCAAAGUUUCUAUCCGAUGGUAGAAAAUGAUCGGAAUUAUUUAAAGCGUCAUUACUAUACAAAGGAAGAGGCUGAUAGUGAUGAGCGUGAUAGAAAAUAUGAAAAGUUGAUGGAUCAUCAUGGACAUUAUACUCAUGCUUAUCAUACGAAUGAGCAAAUUUAUGACUCAUAUAAUAACAAUACUCUUUAUCCUGAAAAUACGCAAGACGAUCGAAAUAUUGUGCCUGAUAAUACAGCAACAACAAUAAUAAUGACACCGAAUACAAAUAGCAAUGAUAAUUAUCCGAAUAAUUCAUCACCAGCAUCGUCUGUCGAGGAUGCAUCAGAUCGUGUUGCCGACAGUCCAAAAAGUGUCGUAAGUGUUAAGAAAACGAAAGGGCGUGUUAAGAUCAAGAUGGAAUAUAUAGAGAACAAGUUGCGGCGCUACACAACCUUCUCAAAACGAAAGACAGGCAUCAUGAAGAAAGCCUACGAGCUAUCAACCUUAACUGGCACUCAAGUAAUGCUGCUUGUAGCAUCAGAAACAGGUCAUGUGUAUACAUUCGCAACGCGCAAGCUUCAGCCAAUGAUUACAUCGGAUGCGGGUAAGCAGCUGAUUCAAACAUGUCUUAAUUCUCCGGAAAAUGCAGAUGCCAUAACGAACAAUACAACAACGACAACAAUUGUGAAUGAUCAACGAAUGUCGGCAACUGGCUUUGAAGAAACAGAAUUGACCUUUGACGUCCAAGAGUUGAGCGAAUUACCGGAGAAGCAAAAAGUAAGACAACCAUUAGCAUAUAAUCCAUCGACAUCGCAUCUUUCACAACCAUUACCAUCAAGUCAUAGUCAUCUCUAUACUUUACCUCAUCCGACUCAGCAUUAUGCAAACUCACCACAAACGCAUUAUCCAUCGCCGCAUUACUCGCCUCCCUCGCCAUCUGUUAAUCCACAACACUUUCAGGCACCAUCGAAUGGUCAAUAUCCAAGUUAUUAUGAAAAUUCUGGUAAUGCUAAUGUGCCAUUGAGUAGCUAUCAGUCUAUUAGAGCGCCAUCUGUAUCAACACCCUCUAUACCUAUAUCACCUCCUUCUAAUAGCUCCUCGACUGAGGCUACACGGUAGUUUUUCGUCUUUUUAAAAUUUGGUUGGGGUGAGGAAUUUGGUGGGAAAUUUGAGUUUUUUGGGAUUUUAAUAAUGGAGUAGGAUCCACAAAAGAUUAGUUUGGAGUAGAAUUCGAACCUACAGUCUUUAAAAAAUUAGAUUUGCUAUUCCAAAUAUAAGUAAGUUUUGCCACGUAGACAAAGAAUCAAAAGCAACCGAUUUCCCACAUGAUUCCAUAAAUAAUCACCCCCUCAGCCCUUCCUCAAUAUUAUUUUUAAUUCUCGUUAGUUCAAUUAUUAUUAUGAAAUAUUAAAAAGCUUAAAGUUAUAGCUUAUUAGGGACAAAGCAGAGAGAACUAACCUCUCUCUAUAAAUGGCCAUAUUUUAUGCAUGUAAAAAAUAACACAAAUCUUAAACUUAAAAUCUUUGAUGUCGUCGACUUGAAUAACUCCUUUAAUAAUUCAAUUUAUUAGUACUAUAUAGAUGAAUUCUCAUGGCUACUUCAUGACUUAACAAUCGUUAUUAUAUAUAAAAAAAAAUUAAGAAUCUCUAGGGUAAAAAAAAGUAAAUUGAUGGCAAUAAAUGUGUGCAAAAAUGGGAUGCAAAGUGACAUAUUCAUAUUCAAAUUGUCAUGAGUUAUCUCACAUAUUACAUUAAGGAGACAGAAUCGCAUCAUUAUUUAAUUGUUUACUGCUCCUUCUUAUUUUCCAAUAUUUGUUUGUUUAUUUGACUUAAUUUUUUAUUAUGUUAUAAGCUUAAGAUUUUAAUUUCAUAUAGAUUAAGAAAACAAGAGAAGAAAAUUUAAUUUCAUUGCAUGUUAAUUGUUCCGUCCAUCAUCAUCAGCAUCAUCAGAUUAUUAUAAUGUAUAUGUAGUCUCUGUUAUUUUUUUUUGUGUGUGCGCCUGUGCGGCACAAGUCAACAAUUUUCAAUCACAAUCAUUCAUUCAACAUUUUUAUUUUAAUUGAUGAUCGCAUGACAUGCAACCGUCAAUAUAUAUUGGGCAAUAUGUAAUGUGUAUCUUAAGAUAAAUUGUUAAUGUUUAAUGCUUAGUCUUUAUAUGAAAAAAAAUAAUAAUAAUAAUAAUAAUAAUAAAAGUAAGUUUUUUUAUAUUCCUUAUAAAUCUGUAAGUACGUAUGUUUGUUGUGAAUGUCCAUCGAGAUGUCAUGUAGCUAGGUAGAAUGUAAAUUUUUUAAUAUAAAUUUUCUUACGGGUCGUGCGCUUAUGAGGUUCAUUCAAGAGUGCGGAACUGAUCAGUUCUGCAUCUUUAGGCUCAUUAAAAACUUUUUAUUAAGACUCAUUCUAACCCUGUGGAGUAAAAUACUCAAAAAAUUAUUAUGUAAUGAAUGGAUAUCAUAAGUGGAUGUCUCUUUGGGGUCGUUUGGAUGUUAUGUGAUGCUAAAAAGUAGUUUUAUUAAGGGCAUAAUCCUUAUUUGUAUCCAAAUUUGUAUUAAGCAUGCACAAAAUAAACAAUUAAGACUGUGCUCGAUGUCUAGGGUUGUAUCGAGAGCUGGUACCUGCAAAAUAUUGUUGUAAUAUCCAAGCCGACUCAGAUGUUCCUGAAAAACCGACAUCCAAUGUGAAUCCAAAGGUACAAAUCUGAUCAAUUACUUUCAAUCAAUUAUGACCGAUUCCAUAACUUUGAAAGAAUCAAGGUUGUCAGGUUUCAUAGGUUCUGGUUGAAUCAAAUCUCAGAUAACCUCAAAAGUGUUAUAUAACAUCCAAACAACCCCAAUCCAAUAAUAUAGAAUGCAUAAAGAGGAACUUUUUAACAUUUAAAUGUGUAUUGUAAAUUGUGUGUAUUUAUUAUUUAAGUACUUGUGCUAUAAUUAACAACAAGGAAUGCUCUUUCCCUUUCGAUUGUGAAGUGAACAAAAAAAGACGAGUGAAUAAUCUUCCUCGACAUUUAAGUGCCAAUAAAUACCGACAUUAUGCCUAAAUUUAUGUA